AUGGACAAGUUCCUGCUCCUGUUCCUACUGCUGGGGGCUUUCCCUCUGGUCUUCUUCCAAGCUCAAGCAACAGUAUGCAUGGUCUGCAAGUCUUUUAAGAAUGGUCAUUGUUUGAUAGGCAAGGGCAACUGCACAGUGGACUCUGGCCCUGGAUGUAGAACCAGGAACUUCUUCAGUUUCACUGACACAGGUAAAUGGUCCUACUAUCACACUGAACUGGACUGCUCAGAUACAUGUAUAUCUCAUACUGUAUAUGUUGAGACUGUGAAGAUAGCUACCUAUUGCUGCAAAGAUCAAGAUUUCUGCAAUAGAUAUCAAGGAAAAUUAGUGAACAGGAAUACUCAAUGA